CGGAAUAUUUUGUGCAUCUAAGUGUAGUCAUUGAGAUGCAGAAAGUAAACCAGAAUAACUGAAAGCUGAUGAUAAGAUCAACAUGUGAAGCUGUUUUUCUGACGUAAACUUUGCAUUAAACUAAUGCAAAGUAAUGAAUGGAAAACGUUCUUUAUCCCAAGGAGGAAACUUCCCGGUUAGCUCAGAGUGUAGAAUUAGACAUUAGCUUCAGAGAUCUGGUCAGAGUCCUGGAUUUCAUGAAGGUGGUGGAUGAUUUUACACUGAAACUGCAAGAAGAAAUGUUUGUUUGUGUUUUUUGUUAUUGUGUGUUUAAGGCUGUUUAAUGAAUAGUGACGUUUGUCAGAUGGUAAUCAAUACUUUAGUGACCAGUCUGAUGUCUAGUUUCAGUACAAACUGAUAACAUGGAAAAUGCAUUGUGUUGUUACAUUUAUAAUUUUUCAUAGAAAAGAAAAAAGAAUAAAAAUAAGUUUUGGAAAGUUGCUUUAUGUCUUAAUACUGAAAAUGUCCAUAUAAGCUAUCAUAACCUGUCUAUAAGGAGGAAUUAAUUUUUUAUUUGAGUCUUAACAUGAUGCUAACAGCUCUCCACAGAAACUGUGUUUAGAUCUCUGUGGACGUGAGACUUAAGCUGUUUGGAGAUCUGAGGGGACAACACAGAUCAGAAAAAUAAACCACAGCUGUUUCUCGCAGCUGAUUCCUCCCAGAUGUUAAAGUCUGCAGGUCUGGAGCUGACUGUGUUUCCAACCGGAGGGUGGAGGCUUCCCCGGAGGGCCGCAGGAGGAAACGUGACCCAGACAGACUCUGAACAGCCUCUACAAGACCAUGCUAGCAUCUAGCUGCUCUGUGAUUGGCUGACGUCAGUAUCAAGAUGGCCCACCUCUUUCUCGCAAGUAAGAUUGCCAUGCCGGAUGACUCCCACAGCAGAGGCGGUGGCAGGAUUCCCAGGAGCGCCAUGAAAAUCCCAACAUCGAUCUCUGCCGAGAAGCUGAGCCGGGAUAAGCUCAUAAAGGACCCCAGCGUCAUCAUGACCACGCGCGUUCCCCACAUCAACGAGGUUCAGCUGACCGCGGCCACCGGUGGCGCCGAGAUGUCCUGCUACCGCUGCACCGUGCCGUUCGGCGUGGUCAUCUUCAUUGCCGGCAUCGUGGUGACGGCGGUGGCGUACACCUUCAACUCCCAUGGCUCCACCAUCUCAGUGCUGGGACUGGUGCUGCUGUCUGCUGGACUGGGCCUGCUGGGCUCCAGUGCCAUCUGCUGGCGGGUCCGACUGAGAAGGAAGAAGGACAAACGGAGGGAGAGCCAAACCGCCCUUUUGGCUAGCCAGGGAUACUGCGUGGCCUGAGCGCCGCCGAAGAAACACCUACCAGGAAGUUUAGAUGGUCGAAUCCUGAGUGGAGUUUAUAUUUAAGAUCUUUUCAUGCCACAGAGACAUGCUGGUGCAGUCCAGAUGAUAAACUUCAGGGAGAAAGAGAACCUGAACACACCUGACAAAGUCUAACAGGUAUUCACAUGUAUGUGAACCAGUCUGUAAAGAGACGGAGCUUGCACUUCCUGAGGUGAUGAUGACUCUGCAGACUCCUGAAAGGACAAGUGGCUGUGAUGUACAGACCAAAGAUAAUUAUUUGGACACAUGGCUGAUAAUUAAUUGAUUACCCGAUCAACAGACAAUCGAUCAUAAGUUUGAUAUUUGAUUAAUCGUUUACCAAACAUUGUCUGGUUUUGGACUGUUGGUCGGACGUCUGAAGACGUCAUCUGGGCUCUGGGAAGUUGUAACGGCCAUUUUUCUACGGAGUCUCCCAGGGGUCAUGUGGUAGAAAGAAAGUAUUGAGGUCUAACAGAAAGCACCUGGAAUAAUAUUUGCACGCAUGGAAUAAUCAUUUCUGCAUAAGUCAUUGUGUGAAAAAUAUAAAUCUGUGCAGACAAAUCGCUAAACUAAGCGCAGGGUUCAGAGGUCAUUUUGAAGUAAAGUUUCCAGGAUAUGUAUUUGGUAUUUAGAAUAAAAACAGGGAAUAAUUUGUUUUUAAAUAACGUAAUGCAGAAUUUAAUUAUAAUACCAGCUAAGAAAAGCACAGGCUAAUAAUUUGUGUCAGAAAAAAACAUUAAACCACUAAAAUAUCUGCAUGCUGUAUUUAAAACAAGCAGAUUAGUCAUUCAGAGAUUCCUCUUUGAUUGUCAAAGUAGAAGUUAUAUCUCAAAAUACGCCUACAUCUCCUGACCUGUACCCUGUUUACAUAAGUGCUGUGAAUUGUGAGCUUUUCUAAAUCAUCAGUCAGUUUGCGGUGAUCUCCAAUCAAUAUCUAAAGAAAUGUCAAAGAUAAUCAAAGCAAAACAGGAUGAACCUGAGUUACAACAAAGAGAGACUUCAGGUUUUUAAUUAAUUGGCAAAAAUAUCCUUAAGCAUGUUUUCACUUUGUCAUUAUGGAUUAUUGUGUGUAUAAUUCACUGCUCAAAAUGUGAUAUUUAAUCCAAUUUAAAUUCAAUUCAUAAUAGUGUUCAACAAGUGAAGAGAUCUGAAUAUUUUUGAAGCUUUAAAUUAUGCAAUAACAGUCAAACAGGGCUCUCACAGCAUCUGAUUUACAUACCUGUGCAGUACAGGUUCAGUUCAUAUCUUUAUUCCUCUUACAAUUUAUUCAUUAUUUCACUCAAUUUAUGUAACUAAUUUUAUUCUACCACACACCUUGAGGUCUCCGUAAUUUCUGAAACUUUAUGGACUAAACAAUUUAUCGAUUUAUCCACAAAAAAAAAAAAAAAAUGUCAACAGAUAAAUUCGCUAAUGAAAGUUGUUAGUUGCAGCCCUUCAAAGCUCACCGAUGAUGUACAGUAUCUGUAACUAAUUCUGCUAAUAAGCUAUAAAAGACAUUUAAAAAGGUACGCUCUAUUAUUGACGAUCGCCAGUUUGUUUUUUCUCAGAUUAGCGUCACUUUUGACCUCUGUACAUUCCUCUAUGAUUGAAAAUAUUGGAUUGAAAAGUUGGUUUUAAAGUGGACAAACAUGUUAUCUUCGGCAAACAGUAAGUAAAAAGGUAAAAAAUAAUAAUAUUUGGACUUUUACUUUAUUUCUAUAGCAGAAUUCAUGUAAAAAUGCAUCACAGAAUGCUUCACAUAAAAGUGAAUGAUUAAAAAAGAGCAAAUGAUUGUGACAUUUACAAUAAAAUGAGGAUCAAAGCAGUUAAAUAAGAUGUAAUAAUAAUAAAAUAAGAUAAUAAAGAUGUUUUAAAAGGAACAAGAUGAAUAAUUUCAAAUUAUGGAGUAACGUACGGAGUUCUGAGGUCACAAAUGGGGCUAAUCUGUGAUAUGCAUGCCACUUUGUAUAUUUAAACUCGUGCACUAUGAUCCAAAGUGAUGCAAAAUACCCAAGAUGUCAUGUAUUCACCGUAUUAAAGAGUUCACGUGUAGCUGUAGCUGUUUAACUGAAACUGUCUCACUUUUUACCUUGAACAGGUGUUUCUCUGUUAGCUCAGUCUUAUUUAUUCUGUGUCAGAGGACGUGUAAAUGAAACAUUCUGUAUUUGUUCCAAUAAACUCCAGAUUCAAGUGCCAACCUGAA